AUGGCGGAGCCCACCGAGCUGCCUCUCCCCUCUUCGGUCCCGCAGCCCUUGCCGGCCUCUUUCUUCGGGGACGUGGCGCCGGGCAACCCGGUGAUAGACAGAUUCGAGACCGAGGUGCGGGACGUCCUGGGCUUCCUUCAGUGGCUGGGAAGCGCGGGGGAGGACAAGCAGCAGCAGCACGACCUGCACCGCCGCGGAGCAAAUACUUUGUUUAAUAUUUGGAUCAAAUAUAAGCCUAGACUGCCGGAGUGGUAUUACAGUGAAAAACUUCUGAAAGUUGGUGAUUUCCUUGCUCAGAUCAAAGAAUACAAGUUGGCACUUCAACAGUGCUAUGGAAGAUACCUUCAGCAGUUUUAUUCUGCAGACCUUGAUGAUAUCAUUGAUGAUGUGCAUCAGUUUAAAUCUACCUUUUUUCCAAAUGGUUUCAGAGACAAAUAUGCAGUACUUACGUUCCGUGCUUUGCAGGAGAGAAAUACUUGCAUCUAUCAGAUGGUUUGCAGCAGUGACAGAAAUCUCCAGAAUCAAGAGUCCCUGCACACUUGUUUCAAUGUCUUGUCCUCCUUACGACUCACUAUGCAAUUGGCUCUGCCUCAGGAGAAUUUGUGUUGGCUUAUCUACAAUGGUACCAUUCACAUUUACACCAUAUGCAGGCAUUUGAUGACGAUAGGUCAGUCUGCUAAGGUGCUGGAAUACUUACUGUGGGCCAGUAUGUGUAUGGAAUCAUCCAUUCCGCUCUUAUCUGUGCAUUAUCUGACGUGGAGAGCCACCCUGUAUACUGCAGUUUCUCAGUGUUAUUUUGAUUGUCAAGACAGCGUUCAUGGAGAGAUAUUUGCUCGACGUGGUCUGAUUCAGAUUUAUGAACUGAAGCAAUUAGAAAAUACCAAUCCUUCGCGGGAAAAUUCAGAGACAAAAGCCUCUUUUAUAGAGGCCACUAUAAAGAUGUCUGUAAUGAUUUUUAAGAGAGCAGUAUAUGAAUCCAGAAGGAAGCCAGAAGAUUGGUUUCGACCUAAGUUAAAAGUUAGCUUGAAAGAAGCACAGAAUUUAGCAUGGCCUCGCACCAUCACUGAACAGCUGCUGACAGAAAUGUUUGAAGGUGCUGCAGCUCAGUUUCUUGCCAUCCUGGAAGCUCUGUCUGAUAGUAGCAGGCGUGUGUUGUGCCCUGAUACACCUCCUCCUGAUGAAACUGAAGUUCGUGAUGUCAUUUCAGAGCUUUUUUUUGCAGGACUGGAAAUCCUCACAGGUGAAGCGAGCAGUACUGAUAUUCAAGGAAGUCAUUGCACUGAUCAUUUUGGUAUAAUUCAUGCAUCAUCCACCCUUUUGCAGUUAAUACUAACAGGAGAAAAGGGAGUAUCUGGAGAUGCAGCUGUGAAAUUCAUAAAAUUAGCUUUUAGCUAUGAAGAGUGGGAUGUGUUUGAUUCUGCUAUUGAAUUUGUUUUUAAUUUUCUUCAGGCCCAAGAUGACCCACCAUGGAAGAAAGCUGAAAUGGAACUCAAACUUCUUGCACUGAUGCAAACUUUACUAUUUCCAAGAAAACCUAAACACACUUUUUCUAUUAGUGGCAAUGAUGCCAAAGAAGCUAUGAUGCCUCAUGGUUCUGAAAAGAAGCAAGCAUUUAGAAGUGAGUGUUAUCAUGGAGAUCCUCCUCAUGAUCUUAUUAUUUUGGCAACAACAGUUUUAUCCUGUGUUUCCACACCUGAACAGAAUAUGAAACCAGACAAAGAAAUACUUGUUGAUGUAAUAAAGUUUUUGUGGCAGAAGUGUAAAAUGGGACUUCAGCGAAUCCAGAUGAGUGGAAGUGACUUCUUAAAAUACAUCCACAAACACAAAGCUUACCAAUGGGUUCACAUACUAUGGAUAAUAAAUGAAAUAAUUCAGAAGAACAGCAUGGCAGACACUGACAUUGUAAUGCACACAGAGAUAACCUUAUGGCUAACUGCAAUAUUGGAAAAUGCAGCUGAUUCUGCACGUAAAUCCAAGGAAAAAAAAGGGAGUAGAAGUUUCUCGUCCUUGCAAGAUGAAACAUGUGAUAUUCCUGAAAUACUGAUGAAAAGCCCUAUGGAACAGUUACAAGUUGCUUAUGAAAGUCUUGAGAAAGCAAUUAAUGAAAUGAACACAUCUUACUUGAUGACCCUUGUGCCAGAUGGAAAGUCGAUAUUUGACAACUGCUGUACAAAGGUGGAGUCAAAUGAUGAGAAUUUAAAUUCUGUUUUGGGAUGUGGUAAUUCUCAGACAGGAACAGGUUAUGGUUUUGUUGUGGAUUUACACUUGGAGCUCAUUCAGGCCCAACAUCGAGUAUCUGUGAAGCUUCUUAAAAUGGCACAAGAUGCUGAAAAGGAUGACAGAAGUCUUAAGUCUAGCAAGUCCAAUGUGAAUAAUAUUAAAGAUUUCUAUUAUUUAACAGAGGCAUUUAUAAUGAGAAAAAUAAAAAAGAACAAGCUAUCCAGAGCAAUCUUUUUGAUGCAAAAAGCUUCACUGAAAUUCCCUAAUGACUUAACCACUUCUUCCCAAAGGCAGCUACUGGAGGAAGCACUGGCUUUAAUUGAGCAAGUUGAAGCUGAACAAAGUGCAUUGCAUCUCAGUCUCAAAGAAGCUAUGAAUAGCAAGGAAAAAAGCAAGACUCCUCCUCCUCCUCUGUUACUUUCUAGAUCACAUUGCUCCAUGACAUUUAAACCAGCCCCGUUCUUUUCAGAUAUACAGGUUUCGUGGUACAGUAUAUUUGGCUGUGUGGCAGGAGGAACUAAUGAGAAAGUAAGGUUAAAUAACAAUAAACUUCCAAAUGCAGGAGAAGAGAUACCAGCUGAUGGCAAAAGCCUCUUGGAAAUACAAGGCUUAGAUCCCAACGAGAAAUACAUAUUUGCAGUUGCAGCAUAUUCUUCUGAUGGAAAACUUAUUGGUGAUCAAAUUGGAGAAACAACUAAUCCAAUCCUUGCUUAUCCACCUCUUUCUGCAACUACUGUUCGAGCCUAUCUAACUCAGGUAGCCUUUCAGACUGGCAGCUAUGCAGUAGCCAGAGAAGCUUUUUCACCAUUGUGGGAUUAUUUUGUGUCAAGUUCUUCUCCACUGCCUGCCAAUGCAUCUGUUAUUUCUGCAAGGAGAGAUUUGACGAUAUCUGAAAACAGGUUACAUUUUGAAGCUGUAUCUCAGACUUCUCCUAUUACCUUGCACCUCUUUCUGAGGAAUAUAUUUGCUAUUUGUGACAUCAGUGUAAUGGAAGGAGCACUCUUCUGUGAUUCCAUGUGUUCCAAUGAGAUCCUUUAUAAGGAACAAGUUGCCAGAUUAGCAGAAUGUGAAAGAAUGACUGUGGCAAUUGAACUUAGCAAUUGGUUGAAUGAUGCAAGUUAUGCCCUGCAGUCUGUUGUACAAUGUUAUGGUCUUCUUGCUCCAUUUAUUUAUCACAAGAUUUCUUCAGUGCCAGUAGUUCAGAUCCUCAUUAAGUGCCUGGCUGUCCUUCAAGAAAUUCCAAGUGCUGUUUUGCAGAGGAGGCAGGCAGAGCGCUAUGAGAGUAUUCAGCAUAUGAUAGCUUGUACUUCAUUUUAUACAGCAAAGGUACUACGCUCAUGGAAAGAAUAUGAACUAGCAGUAAUUAUUGUUAAUUAUGGGAAAAAAUUGUUGGAUUCCACAGCAACAACCUCACCCUGUCUGUCAGAAGCUAUAAAAACUGAAGAAACAGAUACCAACAAAGAAAUUGCUUCUGCAAAGACAUCCCACUUAGCUGCAGUGGAAAAAGCAACAGAAAAUCUAAAUGCUCUGGAAUCAAAUCUUCUCAAACUAACAAAACCAGCUCGUGGAUCAGACCUUACAGGACAGGAAGAUCCUUUGUUCCUCUACCCUGUAAUUUCAUGUUGGACAUCAAACAGUGCUUAUCAAGAAGUGAUGAAAUUCAGAAAUCAGUCACGUUUUCUUGAGUUCUUUGUUCAAGUUUUGCACAAAAUCAUCAAUGAAGAGAAGUUUCAAAGUGUUCUGGAAUGGGCAGACAAUGUGGAAGACUACUUGAAAAGGAGGAAUGACCACCUUCUCUGUAAAAAUGGAAUUUCAGCAGCAGAAACAAAAGCUCCUACUCCGAUAAAAAGCCCAGAUAGGAACACUACAAGAACUGCAGGACUUCAAAAAAAUACAAAGACCUCAGCUUUAAAGAAACCAGAGACACCAACUUCGAAGAAAACAAGAAAAGAAGCCUCGAGUCCUAGUCAAAAAAGACAGACUCUUAGACAGUACUUAAUGAAACAUCAAGACAUAAUGAUAUCUCCAGAAGCACAAAGGGAACACAGUGACGAGUUGCAAAAAGCAGCUCAUCACACUUUGGUGAUACUGCUGAAGCCACUUUUGAGGAAUUACUUAAAUCAAGAGAAGUUUCAUCAGAUUUGUCUUGAAGAGAUGCCCUGGAGGUCUCAGAUGAAUAUCUAUCUGGCACUUGCUCACUACAACUUAUUUAAAAAGAAAAUAGAAGAUGAAUUUAACAUUGGAAUUUCUGCUUCACAGCACCUGGACAGUUACAGUAUAUUGGAUCCUGAAAUAUUCUCAUUAAGUAAUUCUGGUACUAUAGUGGUGGGCCAAGAUGUAGAGAGUAUCAUGAGAAUACCACCUCCUCCUCUCCUUGAAAAGUCAGGAGUGACUGAAAAACAAACCCGUAAAUCUCAGCAAAACAUUAAACUGGGUGGAAGAGGUACUCCUCAAACUCAAAAAACAAGCAAUACUGAAAAAUCCAUAUCUCCUUCCUCAAAAAAACCCCUGUUUGUGUCAAAUACUGCGUUAUUGGAGCAUUGUACUAAAAUCUUUUUGCAUUUGAGAAGAGCAGUGGUUCUUGCUCAUCGUGGUGGCCACUGGACUUUGCUUCAAAAUGCUUGUCGAGAACUUUGGAACUGUACUCAAGAAUUACAAUUGAUGGCUUAUUAUUCACAUUCCCAUACGGAUGCAUUUCCUAUUACCAUCAGUUUUCUUAGGAACACCAUCUGGUUGCCAUUUUAUUUGGCAUCAGACACGAUCAUUGAUAUGAUAACUGAACUACAAGCUAGCAGGUCCCUCAAGAUUGUGGAUCCUGAAGGGGACUUCUGCAUCCCUGGUUGCUUAGGAGGUAUUCUGGAUGAGAAUGGUGGUUCUAAUCUUCAUCCCCAGCCUCCCCUGGAUGAUGUGAAUGUGGUUGACUUGAAAUGGAUAUGUAAUCUGAUUCUUAAAACAAUAGAAUUGUUAUACCAAAUGAAGAAGUGGGAAGCACUGGUACACAUAGCUGUACAAUUUAAUAUAUUUACACAUGAGAGAUACACAGAACAAGUGAGCCCAUUGCUGGUGUAUGCUCAGAGGCAGCUGCUGGGAAGGAUGGAGCAAUUCAGUGGCCCACACAGCCAUAAAUCUCAUUUUAUGAAAACUGUGUCUUAUAAUGCACAAAAGAUGAGUUGCAGGAACUACAUAGAGCAGAAAUUGCAGCUGUCUGUUUCCUGUUCUCCUAGUGAACGGUUUUCUCCUGGACACUUUUCUGGGAUCAAAAAGGAUUAUACAGAAAGCAGUCAAGGGAAAGCCCUAGCUUAUGUACCUCUUGAUGUGAAUGAUACACUGAAAUGUUUUAGAGAAACUCUGCAAAAAUCUAAACAUCACAGCAGAGCACUGAGACACAGCAGAAAACUACUUUCCUUAUUUCUUGCACACGCACAAGAAAAUGCUGAAAGAGCAAUUGACAGUCAUAUCUCUUCAAGCAAAAAGGUGAAAUUUAAUUUGGGACCUGCACUGGCAUUCCUUCCAACACCAUGUGACCUCUCGCAAGAAAAAUUUUAUUCCUCCAGUGUGGUUGAAAGUAGACCAAUACCAUCAUCACAGCUUUCAGUAAUCAUCUCUUCCUAUGAACAAACAAUUGGAAUCCUUGAGAUAAAAAACCAGAAAGACCUCAAGGUUCAGGCUCUACACGAACUUGGAAAUCUUCACUUUUAUGCUGGAAACAAAAGAGCUGCUUUUAAAUAUUGGUGUCAAGCCCUUGAUGAAACACUCAACAUUGCUGAUGCUCUUAACAACUGGCAAGAUUUAGGUUUUCAAAAAGAUGCUACAGACUGCUCUGCAGAUGGAAUAUCUACUGAUACUACUCAGAAACUUCUUUCUCAGGCUGGAAUUUGGGGAUGUUUACAUGCAGCAGUGUUAGUAGCCAAGAUAGCUCAGUAUAUAACAACAUCAAAGAUGAGAUUAAGAGUUAAAUACUGCUAUUUUUCUGCUAUGCUUUUUAAGACUCUAUUUAGAGCUUCUCUUCCACAUCCAACAUCUGACUGUGACUUUGCACAAUAUGAAACUGAUAUGCUUAUUCCUGGUAUCAACUUAUUCUCGGAUCGCUACAGAGCUGAUAUCUCCACUGUAGUUGCAAGUCUGAAUUUUCUUAUGUUUGAACUACAUUGUGCAAAACAAAAUUUAAUAAUUUUACCAUUGUUCACAUUAUACCAAUACUGUGUUUCUGAGAUUUGUAAGGAUCCAGUUAAAUGUAUUGAAGGAAGAAUCUUCAAGAUUAAAGUACUUGCAGAUAUAGGAUUUUUUACGGAGGCUUUCGAUGAACUGUCUUUGCUUAACUGUGGAGAGAGAAUUCCAUGGAAAAUACCUGCAGGAUACAGAAAAACUGAACAAAUGAAGGUGUUCCAGAAAUUUGACUCCUCAAAAUCUCUCCUCACUGUUACAAAUUUACAGGUACUGGAAGACAUAUUUAAUUGUAGUCUACCUUUAAUGGUGGUGCCACUGUGCAACCAACAAAUUAUGAACAAACUAACCUUAGCCAAAAUGCAUUUCAUUAUUUGCCUGUCUGCCACAAUAAAUAAUAUACCUGAAAAAGUGGAAAAAACCAUCUAUGCUGUUGAAAAAAAACCCAUGAAGGAGCCAAGUAGAGUAUCAAAUAUAAAAGCUGAUGCUGAUAAGAAUUCAAGACUACAGGAACAAAGAAGCAGGAUGGUGCAGCUUGUUAACUGUAAAGAUGAAUUAAAUAUGGCCAUGAUGAAGGAGAUUUUAUUGACAGAAGCUGAAGAAAGUCUUACCAAUCUUGUGCAGAGCACAGAGGACAAAUAUAAUGGGAAGAUAUCUCUCUGUUCUGCUGAAGAUUUAGAGGCUCUUGUUGAGGCCAAACUUCAGCUUGCUGCUAUUUCUCAGCAAAGGCAUCAAGCACCUUGUAGUGCUGCUUUGGCUUUCUCUGCAAUUCGACUUCUCCAAGAUGCAAAAAUUUUUAGGAGGGAAAUGACACAUUUUCAAGAAGAAAAGGACAAAAGGGAGUGUUUGGACCCUUGUGUUGAAGAUGUUCAACUGCCACGAAGUGUAGCAGCACAAGACCAUAUGAGUGUACAUCUGUGGCUAAGGUGUCGUGUGAUGUUAGUGACUGCACUAGUAGCACAAAUACUUGGUGUUGCUGAUAUCGAAGAAAAGAAUGUGGCUGAACGCAGAAGUGUGAUAGAAGAAGUGAUACUGGAGGCAGAAGCCUUUGGUGCUACCGAGACUCAAGCUGAAAUAAUGGUGCAAGCUGCUAUUCUUGAUCUGCAAGAAAAACAUCCUGUGACAAGUGUUAAACUUCUUUUGCAGAAUAUCAUCAGUCUACUCCAAGAGGAUACAGUUAUUUCCCCUUCAGCUUCUUUGACCCUCGUGAAAAGUUUGCUUCUGCUGGCAGACAUACUGACACUGCAAACAGUAGAGGGCACAGAACAUUGGCCUUCCACAGUGGAACCACUGGAUUUACUGAUUUUGGCACAUGAGCUUACCAUUAAAGCAAUUUUUAUUUGUGGAGAACCCAUUGAACGUCACAUAGAAGACAGCACAUUGACUUGCAUGGUCCUGCCUACAAAAAAUAUCUACUUGCCACAUAUCAACUUGCUAGCCCAAGUCAAAAUGAGAAUCGGACACACACUAGCUGCAAACAUAGCUCGUACACCUGCAAGAGAAGAUCCACUGCAAUGGGUACAUGCUCUCAAACAUUUAGAAACAGCACUGGAGCUCUGCAGAGCAUCUGCAACAAAGCAUUUAGAUAUGGAAGCUGAACUUCUUUUUCAGAUAGGCAAGGUAGAACGCCAGAUAACUGAAGCAGGCCGUAACAAGUCAUCUCAAGCUGUUGGAACCCUGUUGGAAGCUAUAGCAGUCAGCCAGCAACAUGAUCAAAAAUUAGAGUUAAUAAGAAGAUCAUACCUUGAAAUAGCACUACUGUAUUUACAUUUUGCCUCAAAUAAUGAGGAUGUGUCACAGAUGGAUGAGAUGGUGCCUUCCAAAUCAAAUAUAUCUUCUGAAGAAGUCUCUUCUCCUGAGGAAGCUCUGAAAUCAAAGUGCUACAAAGUACAAGCCUGGAUUGCUAUAAGAGCAGCUACACAGGCCAGUGAAGCUGUGCUUGCUUCUCAGCUAUUAAUUGGAAUGAAGAGUGUUAAAGAAGGGAGCAUGAAGGAUGCAGUGCAACAGAAAAUCCCAGCAUUUGCUUCCAUGGAUCUUUGUGCUUCGUACAAGGAUUUCUUAUCUGAUGGAUACCGUGUUGUCUUUGAAAGUCUCCAAACAUCUUCUGCUGCAAACAAACAAAUCAUACAAGACAAGCAGAAUGAAGAUGAAGGAACAGAAAGUUUUGCUGCCAAGGACAGCCAGAAAAAAGAGGAAAUAACAUGGGUUCACUUAAUCCGCUACCACAUCCAUUUAAAAAGGCUUUAUAACACAAACCUGCUAUUUGCUGCCCCUUACUCAGGACCUGGAUCAUUUUCUGCAAGAGAUGGACACCUUAGUGCUGUUUUUGACUCAGGGAUUGUUCUGCGCAUUGCAGAAAUGCAUUCCUUUCUUAAACAACAUUUGACUGAAUAUUCAGUAUGUUGUCUUGAGAAUUUCCCAAAAGAGCUACAUGAUGUAGAACUGCUGCUUGGUAGGCCUGCUGAUUCUUCAAAGAGGUCUCUUGAAAUUACUGGAGUUACAUCAAAGAUGACACCUGGGAGAAUAGUUUCUCCGGUUUCUGUCACCAGAGAAGCAGACACUCAAAUGGAGAGCAGGGCAACAAAUGCUUCAAAUAAAGAAAUUAAUUUUCAGUGGUACAUUCCUUCUCUGGAAAAGCCAUCUAACAAUAGAGAGACUAAGGUUUUGCUGCUUUAUGCUUACAAUACAAAGCCUGUCAAGAUUAGCAACAUCAAGAUUUUCCGUUCAACAUCCGUGUUUUCAGGCUACUUGUGGAUUCCAUUGGCUAGAAUUACUUCUUUACGGGAGAAAUUAUCUAAUCUGAAGCAGCAAGUUGAAAUAUUGAUGGAAAGUCCAACAAGCUUGCCUUCAGCUUCAGAACCUACAAGUUUUCUAGAAGAAAGUAAAACUUCGAAAAUAAUUCCUUCAAAAAAAUCGAAAAUUAAAGUUGCAAAAGUGCAUCUUGAUGAAAAAACAGAAGAAAUGGCUAAAAGCUGUUUAUCUGAAGUCAAAGCACUGCUGUCUGGUGUUCCAGCCUUGUCCUUGCCAUUAACUGAGAUCCCAUUUGAUGUUACUUUGCAAUCAAUAGAAAGUUUGGAAGAUAUGUUUGAUUCUGCCAGUGGAUGUACAAUAACUGAAGAAAGUCUUUUCAACUGGAUUAUUUCUCUGUUUCACUAA